UAGACUGUACGCAGUGGAGAGAAGUAUAUGUUAUACGUAUAGAUAUACAGCGCGGCGUAUUGUACAUACGCAGAGCGCGCAAGAGAGAAAGAAAGAAAGAAGUUAUAGGAAGGGGGAGAGAGAGAGAGAGAUCAACACCGUCGACGCCCGCGAACCGAACCGUCAUCCUCCUCCUCCUCCUGUGUAUUAUCUCGCUUUCUCUCUCUCCCUCCGCAGCAGCAGCAGCAGCAGCGCGUGCGUGUACGCGCACAGUACUGUGAUGCGAAGCGGCCGUGCUGCUGACACCGCGGACAGCAGCCGCCUUCUCGAGGACGAGCUGCCCCCAGGAGUCACCGACGUGGCGUACAGUGCCAGCGCUUAGCUCUAUCUUAGAGUGUGUACAUACGUUCCACCGCUGCAUAUACACACGUCGCUCCACACUGCCGAGAGUAGUAUAAGGAAGGAAAGAAAGAAAGAGAGCUGCAGCAUACAUAGGAGAGCGCGAGCGAGACGGAGAGUGCGCGACGCUGCGGGGAGGCUCCUUUAGAAAGCUGCUGCUCUGCUGCUGCUGCUGUUGUGCGCUGUGCUGCAGAGGAAGCGCUGUCGAGGAAAAGCAGCAGUAGUGUAUCCUUGUCCCGUGCGUGUCUCCAGAGUCCGAUCGUCGUCGUCCUCGUCGUGGAACCGCGAGUGUGCAUAUAUAUAGUGGACGAUGAGGCGUCGAUUCGCGACGACGCCACCUCCGGACGCCGCGAGACAGUAGGAGGCGGCGGCUGACUCCCUCGUCCCCUUUUGUUAUGACAAGCCACGGACCGCGUCCUCGAGGAGCACACUGACUGCCUGCUUGUGGUUGGUUGCGGCCUAGACUGUCCUACUGCUCUGUUGCUGCUACUACUGAACUCUGUUUCUUUGGUCAUGUGGACUCUACUUGGACAGUGGACUGCUUAUAGACUCUAGUGGGUGCUGUUCUGUGCUCUGACCAGGUGACUCCCAACAGUGACUGUGUUUUUGUGUGUGUUGUCCACGUCCAAGUCUUCUUCUACGGGUAGAGGAGAUCCACCAGCUAUGCUGGAUGGCAAGGUGUUUUCUCUGGAGACAUGGAGAUGAUAGUUUCUACGGCAGGUUGUCCAAGCAGACAGCGUUAGGAGCAUUACAAUUUUAUUUGGCUUUCAAUAGCCUUUAGAAGGGAUGAAUGGAACAACAGCCCUGCGUCACAGUAUAAGUGGCAGUGGAAUCGGUGAGCCGUUUCCAAUUGCCACAUUGGUUGUUUACAAAGAUGAUGCUGGAUAUGGGAUGAAAGUUUCUGGAGACAAGCCAGUCUAUGUUCAGUCUGUAAAAGAAGGUGGUGCGGCAGAAAGAGCUGGCCUUCAUGCAGGUGAUGAGAUAAUCAAGGUGAAUGGAUUGAAUGUCACACAGUCAACACAUACAGAAGUUGUUAAACUCAUUAAAUCCUCAGUACAAGUGGUAUUAACAGUGCAACAAAAAUCUGUUUCAACAAUGUCUACUGGGCUAUCUCCGUCUCAACAUCAUCGACCAACAAGUUUAUCAACUAGUUCUGUAUUGGUCUCACCUGUAGGGGCUACUUCUCUUCAUCGAGCUUCGACUGCACCUGCUUCAUGUACUGAAAGAAUUACUGGACCUCAACCAGUUGAUCUCGAAAAGAGGCGUCAGCUAGAAACACAACGCGUUUUGACUUUGCAGUUGAUGCUGGAAGAUGAACAAAAUUAUGUUGAAAAAAUACGCAGUGAUUUGGCGAAAGCUGCAGCUGGUGGUGGUAAUGCAAAUAACAUAGCUGCCUUACAAACAAAGCUAGCCAAUGCAGAACGAAGAUUAAAAUCGCUGCAAGAGCCGCUAGAUCAACUUUGCCCAUUGGUAAAUCAGCACGCACUCGCUCUGAGCAGUAGCGGCGGCGGUGGCAGUGGUGAUGCCCCGCCGCCGCUGCCCUCCCGUAAGUCCCUAUCCACGCGGAGCCUGUCUCCGCCGCCCUUGCCACCACGACCACCCCCUAACUCACAGAACGUAGUACAGUCAGAGAUGGCGGGACACUUAACGCCUCCCAUCGCAAGUGGUAUACCUAACUCUUUCUCUCAGGGAGCAAACCUAGGCUCGUCGAGUAAGCACCAGCGUACUAAGUCGAGCCCGGAACAGCUGGGUAUUGUAUCACCUGCGGAAGCCAGUCGUCGGCUCAUCGCAUCCGAGUCGAUGAAUGAGCUGUCGCCGGGCUCGCGACCUGGGCGCCACAGUGGCAUCGAUCUGGACGAUCCAACGGGUGCCAGCCAUCGAACGCCACCUGGUACACCGCCGCCGCCUUAUCCUGCUCCCAUGCUUGGCGACUCUUGCUCGUCUUGUAACGAGAGUCUCCUCGAUAAUUUCAACGCAGUAUCCUCGCCGAGAUCUCAGAGCGUAUUGGACGGAAGCAAUCCUGGGAUGCCAAUGAUUCAGCAGCCAAUUAUGUCAAUGGAAGACGACGACAUGAGCGAUCAAGAAGUUGGGCAAUUGGAGGAUCAUGGACCAUUUAAAUUGCUCUCCCGGUUGUGGCAGCAUCACGCUCAUCUCGCCGUUUUCAUGAACUACGUGCUUUCCAACAGUAACCCCUCGAGUCUGUUAUUCUAUCUCAUAACCGAAGUCUACAAAGAGGGAAACGCUAAGGAAAUGAGGAAGUGGGCUUACGAAAUACAUUCAAGUUUCCUUGUACCUGGAGCUCCUCUGCGUCUCCAUAAUGUAGAUGAAAAUGUUGCUCGCGAGAUCGAUAACGUUUUGCUGAACGAAUCGGACAAAGAAGAAAUUCUGCGAAAAAUAUUUUGGAAAGCGAGAAAUCGUGCAAAAGAGGAGCUUAACGAACAAUUAACCGAUUUCCAGCAGAAGAGAAUUGCUGGAUUGGGAACGCUUUUCGGACCAAGCGAUGCCCAGCUCGAUGAGAGCGCUAGUGAUAAAAGUAAAGAAACUAAAAUCAUUGAAACAUAUCUUUUACCAAAAAUGGAGACGUAUCUAGAUGAAAUCGAAAAGGAAAACGCCCGAGAAAGCGUUGAGCAACGAAAGUUUGGAACUCCGGAUGCCGAAAAAGAAAACGACGAACAACGAAGGUUCGCGACCGCAGCUAGUCUCGCUACAGUGUUAACAAAAGUAUUUCAAGUGCGGUCGAUAUCCUUGGAUCGUGUUCCAACGUUCGUUGCAAAAGAUAAGUCUCAUAUUAAGGCUAAAUUGAUAGCUGCAAAGGCGAGAAAAAUGGCAGUAAGAGGCCAUCAUUUUGUUGCCCACCAGUACUUUACAGUUACAUACUGCAAUCACUGCCAACAUAUUAUCGGAGGAAUCGGUCCUCAAGGAUACCAAUGUGGAAACUGCACCUUAAAUGUUCAUCGUCAAUGCGUUCGAAUUGUCGAGGAAAACUGCCCGGGGCCUCUGGUCAGAAAAGAAAAGGGUAUCAGUAAACUAAUGGAACGUAUUCGACCAGAAAAGAAGCCUCCGACUCCUCAUCAUAGUCAAAAUCAGAUGCAUCAUAUCGAACGCAUUAAGCGAGGCGAAGAGGACAGCAGUCCUCUGGCUGACGGCGAGAACGGAGAGCAUCGCGGAAGUGGUCCGGCAGGAAGCGCACGGAGCGGCAGCGAGCGAGGCCGCGUUUCCGGCUUCGGAGGCGGCGAUCACGCCGAUAGCAUGGACGACCCCUCCUCGAGGGAGGACAUUUCCGAAAUGGUGCAGCAGAAUAUUUCCAGUAAGCCAAAGACGUCGAAUAUAAACAGGUCUGAAAGUUACAAGGAGCGGAUACACAAUCAGCGGCAACUGCGCGAGAAGCGGAAAACUAGUGACCCGAACCUCUCGAAAACUAAUGACUGUGAUGCGAGCGGCGCUUUCCCAGGCAACUCAGCGGGCAGCUCGUCCAAUAGUAGCCUGUCGACGCGUAGCCUGGACAGUCCGAGCACCAGUUUGGAGCAGGUGCAUCCAGCGACAGCCGGCGCCAACGCUUCAGCCUCAUGGGACAGCGACGUCGAUGUCGAGCCUGAUCCACCAGACUGGAGUCAGGGCGUCGCCGAGGAGGUCCUCGCCAGACUCGGCAAUGCCGAGAAGAAGAGGCAGGAGGUCAUCAAUGAACUAUUCCACACGGAGCGCUCGCACGUGCGUGCCCUCAAGGUCCUCUCACAAGUCUUCCACAAGCCGCUGUUGGAAACGCAGGUUCUACCUCCCGACCAGAUCCACCUGCUCUUCUCGAACCUCGACGAGAUGGUGACGCUGCACUCGCAGUUCAACCAGGCGAUGAAGCGCAGGAAGAAGGAGAACCCCUGUGUCGGCGAUAUCGGCGACUUACUCCUCGAGAUGUUCGACGGCGAGGCCGGCGAAAUCUUCGAACGCGCCGCGUCCAAGUACUGCGCCAAACAGCAGGUCGCGUUGCGCGCCCUUCGCGAUCAAAGACGCAAGGAUCCCAAGCUCAACUCAUUCCUCAACGAAGUCGAGGCCAACCCCCUUUGCCGGAGGCUACAGCUGAAGGACCACAUACUGACGGGAAUGCUUCGGCUGACCAAGUACCCGCUGCUCUUCGACAACCUGGCCAAGUACACAUCCGAGCAGAACGAGAAGGAAAAGGCGGCGGUAUUGCGAAGUCUUGAGCGCAGUCGCGAGAUCCUGAGCCGAGUCAAUCAGGCCGUGCGCGAGGCCGAGGACUACCAUCGACUAGCCGAGAUUCAGCACACGAUCGAUCGCUCGGCUUUCGACAAGUUUGAACACCCAACGGUCCAGGAGUUCAAGAACCUCGACAUCACCAAGCGUCGGCUCAUAUACGAGGGUCCUCUUCAGUGGCGCGUUGUCGCCAAAGCCAAACCCGUCGAUCUGCAUGUCGUUCUUCUCGACGACACGAUUCUCCUUCUUCAUCGUCAGGAUGAGAAGUACGCCCUCAAGUUUAUCAAUCAGACGAAUCAGUCGAAUGCAGUCCUCAGUCCCAUCGUCAGGGUAUCUACAGUUCUGGUCAGGCACAAUGCGGUCGAUAAAAACUCGCUCUAUCUGGUUAACACGUCGCAGAACGGUGCGCAGAUUUACGACCUUGUCGCAUCUUCGUCCGAAGAAAGGAAACUCUGGUGCAAGCACAUAUCUGAGGCAGCGGAAGUGCACAAGUCAAGGGACAGAGAGGGAAGAAGGCCCAUGCCACCGAGUUCGUCGUCUACAGAUCUCGUCGAGUCAUCCGAGGAGCAGCUGCUACCGGAACCUUCGUCCGCGCAAACGCAGGAAAACAGCAAUGAAACUCGCGCCGCGGAGAAGCUCGAGCAAGACAAGCGAAAGGACUCGCCGGUCGCAACGAUCGAUUCACCGACAGUAGCUACAGCGCCCACACAAUCAUCACCCCGACCGCAGCCACAACCCACGGAAACAACUGACGCGGCCGCCGUAACUACUGAGGACGACGAAGCAGCUGCAGCAACGGCAGCAAGCGAAGAGGGUGCAGCAGGCGCUGACCCGGUAAAACCCGGGCUUAAAAUUGAAGGUAGGAGAAAGCUUCCGGAGCCCGAGGAAGGCGUCGCGGGCGGCGCCAGCCCUGUCGCCGGUUUAGCAGGUAUCGCUGGAACGACGAGUACGGGCGAGCCUCUUCGACUGCUAACCUGUACACAGAGCUCACUGAUCGAUCCCAUCGAGGUGCACGUCGAGGAGAGACCAGUACACGUGGCCGAGCCAGUUCUUACACCCAUUGAAUCCCUGCGAAGAAAGGAUGAAGUUAUCAAGCAAGCUCUGCUUGAAAAACAAAGCAUAGUCGAAAACAUACUAAAUAUUCCAAAAACCGAGGUUCAACCUGUUACCGAAACAGUCUCUGAACUUCCAGCUGUUGAAAAAGAACCUUCCGAACUUAUACUCGCAGCUAUCGGUCAAGCGAAUCAAUUGAUCGAGCUGCUAAACUCAGCGUUGACGGUAAGCGAAACAGAGACAGUUCUCGCCACCCAGACUGAGAGUGCUUCCGACGGCUGCAAGGCAACAGGAUGCCCGACUCCAAGAGUACAUCCUCGAACACUCGAGCCAGCAAUCCCAGUAUCAACUCUGCAGCCAUUCUGCAACUCGCUGACCUCACAAUUAUCACAACUACUCAAAAUCGUGAAAGAAAGAGACGAAGAGAGAGAACGACUGCGAAAAGAAUUACGGCGAAGUCGUGAACGUCUGCAUGCAGUUGAUGCCGAGGCUCAACGCCGAGAAACUCCAGAAGUACCUUCUGCGUCAGCUGAAAUUGAAACACAAACCGAACACCCAAUCCCUGCAGUAACGACAGAUGAUGAAGUAAACCAACCAACAAGCUACGAUGGACCUAAUAAAGAAAUUUUCGUCGACGCUCAAAGUGAACCAGAGGCAUCCACAGUAACAACGGAACCUGUUGAGGAGGUCAAAGUGGCGUCUGACAAUGAAGUCAUGGGAGAUAGUGUAGGUUGACGCGACCGAACUUUCUCCUUAAAUCGCAGACCUGAUGCAUUUGCAAGUGCGUUUCCGCGAUUCUUCGCUCAGUAUCAAAAAUGUGCGCAGAGCAUAAGACGCGCGAAGAAUAAAGAUUUAUAAGAAAAUAAAACACUCGCUCCGAUAAGAAAAGGCAGGGUAGCAUAACAAUUUUAGAUAUGUAUUUACCGAUUCGAGGGGCUUUACACUAACGCGCGAUAUAAAAUACUCGCUAAUGAUUUCGUGCAAGAUAAACAAACAAAAAGGAAACAAAAUCAUGGAAUUUUCCGCUGAAACACAUCAUUGCCGUGAAGAAUGAUUUUUUAUAGUCGCAUUAAGGAAAUGGGAAAAAUUUUGCGAUUUUGACGUGGACAUACCUUCCUAUUUUCAAGUACAGCGUUAUACAAAGUGCCUUUUUUUUCUACACACUUUUUAUACUUAAGCUAGCAGGUUUAAAGGGGAAAACUGAGUUUCGUGAGAUUUAUACAAUUACCAGAAAAGCCUUAUAGCUCUUCCAAGAGUGACUAAGACUUGUAGUAUUUCAAUUUUGAGAACAUACGUACUAUAGUCUUGACGAAUCAUACAAAGUUUUUAGAAUGAAUUGUAAAACUUUAUAAGCCAAUCAGGUUCUUCAAUAUAAAACAUAUACAAACCUAGCAGCAUAUACUUGCUUAAAAGAUUUUUUAUAAAUGCAUUAAUGGAAAUUAAGACUCAAGUGUAUCGAUAUUGAUGGAUUGUAUUUAUGUUGAUCAACGUACUUCGUAAAUCGAAAAAAUAAAAUAAAAAGGAAAGCUAUACAAAUAUUAUGUGGUUCCUUUUUUUAAUAAUUGAUGAUCUUUACAUUAUAUUUUAUAAUACGUGGGUGCUUUUUCAACCUCGAGUAUCGUAUUCUAUAAAGUUUGUUGUAAUUUCUGGUCGAGUUUACAACUUCUUCAUGUAGAUUAUUAUGAAUUUUGAAGCAGAUGUGCUGAAUCUCAUUUGAGCUGAAGGAACAAAUCCAUUGACUAACUUAAAAAAAGCACGAAAUCAUUACGCGGGUGUUGAAUUAUACAUAAUUAACACAAUAUUCCACAAUCAUUGGAACAAAAAUAUAGAAAUGAGAUAAAUAUACAAGCAAAUAUUAUGAAAAUAAACAUAUAAAUAAAUUAUAAGUAAAUAAAUUAAUGACAUUAAAAAAUAAAGCUGUAGUACAUGUAUAAAGGAAAUAUUUAAUAACUUUGUUAGAUUGUAGAAUCAUAGUGGCGAUUAUUAUUAUUAUUGCUAUUAUCAUUAUUACUAUUAUUAUUAUUAGUUAUAUUAUUAUUAGUUGUAUUAUUAUCAUUAUCAUCAACAUCGUAUUACCAUUAUUUCCCUGAAUUAAAACACAUAUUAAAUCAAAAA